CAUUUGUAUCUAUCACCUAGUAUAUUUGCCGUGUUUUUGAUGUGUAAAAUCUGCCUUGCAACGUUCAGAUCUCAGUUGUUUAAAGAUGUUUUAGACCAGUAUGAAGUUCGAGUGGCUCCUUUUGAUGAGAAAUCUGAAGCAAUCAGACUGCAAGUUUUUGUAAAUUUAAUGUCAAUUCGUGAUGUUAAUGAAAAGGACCAAUCUUUUGAAACGGCUUUUUGGUUAAAUUUACUGUGGAAAGACUGGCGCUUAAAAUGGAAUUCUUCAAAUUAUCGAGGAAUCAGUGAAAUACAGACCACUUCAAAAAAUGUAUGGAUGCCAAGUUCUAUUUGUAUCUUUAACGAAAUGUCCGAGAAAAAAUGCUUCACAGAGGAGAAGCCCACCACUGUAUUCAGUAAUGGAUAUGUCAUGUAUUCGACGGCGAGAGAAAGUGUGACACAGUGCAAAAUAGAUAUCGCAAAAUAUCCAUACGACUCGCAGAUGUGUUCCUUUCAUGUAGGUAAUUUGUUUUCUGAUUAUGAUUACAUUAACUUGGAUGCAAACUUAUCUUUACUAUUUGUCAACCACUAUGAACAAAACGAACAAUGGGAGGUUACGAACACUGCUCUAUACUUACACACAGUGAAUUCAGAGCGACCUGAGUAUAACCUGCUUAACUUUGAUAUCCAUAUCAAAAGGAAACCAGGAUAUGUGAUCCUGUCUGUUUUACUUCCGGUUGUUCUGCUAUCCGUUCUAAAUAUCUUCUGCUUUGUAUUACCAGUUGAUUCUGGAGAAAAAAUGGGUACCUCAAUGGCAAUCUUCCUAACCUUUGCUGUAUUUUUGACCAUCAUCAAUGAUACCAUGCCUAAGUCCGAAAAUAUUCCUUAUUUCACCGUUUACCUCGCAUCCCAGCUUGUGUUUAGUGGAGUAACUGUCAUUAUGGAGGCCAUAGUACUUAGAGUUUCUGUAACAACGGAAUCAAGUCAAGUUAGAUCGGUAGAAAAAACUGAAAGCAAGGACAGAAAUUUGUUGAUGCAAAUUGCAAAGAAAGUAUGCACUCAACAUACAGCUUCAAGUCUCGACAAAGUGUUUAUGACAAUCAUGAUUAUUGUCAAUGUUUGUUCUCUCGUCACAAUGUUAAUAAAAACAAACUAAAUUUCAAUUUGACCAUAAUUUCAAGUUUCUACAAUCAACAUAAGUGAUAAUUUAGCUACUUGUUUUUAAUGGUGAUUAGUAUGCGUAAACCUUGCUAUGCGUAAAGAAUAAACUUACAGUCAUUCUUUGUAUAAGAAAAGUAAAUGUACAGUAUAUCAUCAUUUAAAUUUUUCUUCAUUGUAUUAAAUAUGCAUUUUGAGAACACAAAGUACGCAAGAAAGCGUGUUAGGCUACAUUUGUUUCAGUUUUAUAUAUAUUCAUUACAUUAUAUAAGUAGGGCCUGUUUGGGAGGAUAACAGUUGAAAUUGACACCCCGAGAAAACCAUUGUUAACCUCCGACAAUGGUUUUUUCUGGGUGUCGCGGAGGUUGACAAUGGUUUUCUCGGGGUGUCAAUUUCAACUGUUAUCCAAAUAUCCCAAACAGGCACUGUUUAAUUUAUUAUACUGAAUAUCUUAAUAUUAGAGAAAAUGUUACUGCUUAUAUAUAGAAAUGACGUGAACUAUACAGCGAAUCGUACGCACAUUAUUUACGCGCAUGUAACAAUUCCUUGUGUUACCCGUUGCCAAGUGUAUUGCUAACGCUAAAGGUAAUAGAACGGAUUAUCAACUGCGUCUAAACCAAUCAGAUUUUAGUAUUUAACAUGAAAGUAUAAUAAAAAAUUUUGCAGUCUGUUUUUUCUUGCCGCGUGUACGUUAAAUUUCUUUUACUUUCUUGUUUUUCUGAUAAAAGAAAGACGCUUUAUUACAUCAAUUAGAAGUGCAGAUAUCUAAUUUAGCAAAACUAAACAAUGUCAUUUUCUGAACUGUGUUGCUUUAUCUUGUAAAGAUGAAAAGGAUGUUUCAAUCUGCGAGUCAGUCAUUAUGUUUACACUUUGCUUCAUCGGCUAUUUAGAAAAUUUAAAUGAUAGAUUUAUUAGAAUAGUUUGUUGUGUUGACUCAUCACUUUAAAGCAUUGUUUUUAUAAAUUAUAGCAUGAAAUCGCUCAGAACCAUUUAAAAUCUGAACUUUAUGUAAUAAAGAAUUCAAAUCAAUAAAACCCAUUAGAACCUAUUUCGUUAAAGCUGUAGGAUGGUCCUACAAUGUUGGUGUUUGCAUUAACGACCAGCUUAUUCAAAAUAUGAAAAUUGUUAUAUUAUGUUGAAAGAAGAACUAAAUACACACGCAAUUCGAACGUCCUUGAACUAUUUUUCUUACUGUUGAUGUCAUGUUGUUCUAAUUUUACAGAUAUUCUUGUAUUUUUUUCAAUUGCGAAAUAAAGUUCUUUCAUAUAC